AUGCCCGACAACGGAGUGACUGUCGGUUCUCGUUUUAAAAUUCUCGAACCAGCUCCGACUGGCUUUAAACGGCUAGGUCGAUACCUCGUCCGUCGAAGUGCCUGGGGUCUGCUGCAGCAAAUCAGAGGAAAUAGCUCAUACCUUUUCGCAGAUUAUAGCUUCCUUCACGGUAUCUCCUGCGAGCUGUGUCUCUGUCAACCACACCCUAUUUUCCAUCGACCAUUUUCCGUCUGCCAUUUUCCGUCAGCCAUUUUCCGUUUGCCAUUUGUGUCAGCCAUUUUCCAUCAGACUUUUUCUGUCGGCCAAUCUCCGUCGGCCAUUUCCGUCAGCCGUUUUCCGCUAGCCAUUUUCCGUCGGCCAAUCUCCGUCGGCCAUUUCCGUCAGCCGUUUUUCGCUAGCCAUUUUCCGUCGGCCAUUUCCGUCAUCCAUUUUCCGUCAGCCAUUUCCGUCACUCAUUUUUCGUCGGCCAUUUUCUGUCGGCUAUUUCCGUCAGACAUUUUCAGUCGGCCAUUUUCCGUCAGCCAUUUUCCGCCAGCUUCUUGCCAUCAGGCUUUUACGGCGACCUUUUCCAUCGUCCAAAUCCUAAAUAGAUACAAACUAAAUUCUCUCUCUCUCUCUCUCUAUUUUCUCUCUCUUUCUCGCGCUUUCUAUCUCUCUCUCUUUCUCACGCUUUUUAUCGCUAUCUCUAUCUCUUUCUCUCUAUUCUCUCUUUUUCUUACGCUUUCUAUCUCUAUCUCUUUCUCUCUAUUCUCUAUUCUCUCUCUCUUUCUCACGCUUUCUCUCUCUAUCUCUUUCUCUCUAUUCUCUCUAUUCUCUCUCUCCUCUUUUCUCACGCUUUCUAUCUCUUUCUCUUUCUCUCUAUUCUCUCUCUCUCUCUUUCUCACGCUUUCUAUCUCUUUCUCUUUCUCUCUAUUCUCUCUCUCUCUUUCUCACGCUUUCUAUCUCUUUCUCUUUCUCUCUAUUCUCUCUCUCUCUUUCUCACGCUUUCUAUCUCUUUCUCUUUCUCUCUAUUCUCUCUCUCUCUCUUUCUCACGCUUUCUAUCUCUAUCUCUUUCUCUCUAUUUUCUCUCUCUCUCUCUCUCACUCUCUCUCACUCUCUCUCUCCCACUCCGCGAUCAUUUGACACUCAAUAUAGGACAGACCUGA